CGUGAAUUGUUGCCUGUCCGUUGUUGAAAUCUCCGGACGCAAUGUCUUCCAAGUGGUCUCGACAGCCGCUGAGGCUCAUCUACAUCCUGCUGAUCGCACCUCCCACAUUUGUAGCCUCGUUGUUGAGGAAUGUGUUCUUCAGCAUUGUUCCUCGAACCAGGCCGAACCCCCGAUGGUCCUUCCGUCAGUCUUUCAUGGUCCAGCUCGUCAAGUCUGUGAUCAAUUUCCAGUCAACCAUCCGCUUGUCCCGGCCACUUUCUUUGCUGCCCAAAACCGAAGGGGACAGAUUCGUGGUCGUCCCUCCAGCCGACAAACGUCGAUUCCACGGACCAUGCGAUGACGAGGUCGUGAAGCCGGGUCUCGUCGGGAACACUUGGACGCCAGCUCCCGUCACGGCCCAGGCGCAGCAUUCGGAAGAUCUCCUCGUUGUUCUGCAUCUGCACGGCGGUGCUUACGUCGUGGGAGCCGGCCGCGAUGCGGACAUGGGCUUCGGCGUCCGGACGAUGCUGCGAAACAUGCCCUGCACUCACGUAUGCUCGCCUCAGUACAGGCUGUCUCACGAUGCCAGCGGACGCUUCCCCGCCGCUCUACAGGACGCCAUCUCGUCGUACGCGUACUUGCUGCACGAUCUCAACAUCCCGGCGUCUCGGAUCGUUCUGAGCGGAGACUCUGCGGGUGGCAACAUCGUGCUAGCGCUGCUGCGAUAUAUCGCGAAAUGGGGCAUCGAGGCGGACCUCCCCUGGCCACGGUCAGCUCUGCUCUGGUCCCCAUGGGUCGACGUCGCCGGCUCCCAAGAUUCGGUCGGGGUCCAGAAACGUAGAAACUACUCCACCGACCUGCUUCCCAGUUCCUUUAUCAAAUGGGGCGCCGAAGCACUCACCAGCCACGGGCCUGUUUCGGCAAAGUCCCCGUGGAUAUCGCCCAUGACCGGCAACUUCAGGAGCGAGGGACCUAUCUGGGUGCAGACUUGUACUCACGAGCUGCUUUUCGACGAGAACCUACAGCUCGUCGAAUGGCUGCGAGAGGCUGGCAAUGACGUCGAACAGUACAUCGUGGAAGACGCUCCGCAUGAUCCCAUUCUUCUGGGUGAUUUGGCGGGGUUCGAGGAAGAAGCAGUCAGGUGUGCGAAGGACGCCGCAAGGUUUCUGGAGAGGACCAUACGUCGAUGAUGGAGCUUCGCAACUGAGCCGAUAGCCAAGGAAUCAUAGGUCAAGCUCUCGGUCUGUCCGUGUUUCUAAUGUUGUGCGUCUCACGUAUGCAUCAUAGGCGGCAAAACUCAGAACAGCCCGACAGCUGUCAAUACGAGAUCAGCUGGUGUUAAGGCACGAGGCACAUAAUUCCUACUGUUUUCCGUCCCAUGGCAACUGUCUCAAAUCCUUUGCUGGUGAGCAUAUGCUGUUCGACGACUAAGUACUAGUUGUCAGGAGACAGAGUGGUAUGUAGCCAGCGAAUUAAAGGCCCUUCCACAAAGCAGGGAGACGUUUCAGCAAGAAAGAACAUCGGAACAGGUCUCAAUCCGAAUAUCUAUUUAUGGCUGGUGGACAGGAAGAGGCAGCCAAA